AUGUCUCGCUAUGCAUCACUGUUCAAGAUGAUUUCUUUCCUCUCGCUUUUGAGCGAUGUCAUAGCCUACAUUACCGAACCUAAGCUUCUCACCAUUAAUAACUACCAAAAGACAAGAACGACAUGGUUGGGCGGCUACGUCGCUCCCCACGGCUAUCAGCAACUAUCGGGAAACGAAAACCGAAUCCGCUCCCAUCCCUUGAAGAUUAUCAAGGGGUGGUAUCUGGUCACGACGCGCAAUAAUCCGUUUGAAACACGGAAGCCCAAUCCCGCCUCUGAAGGCCAAGAGUGA